GCUUUCACUCACUCCUGUGCUCUUGGAAUAUGAGCUGAUUUGUGGGGAAGGGGAAGGAAGUGUCAUCCAUGGCCCUAGUUUUUGAAAAAUUGAGUAAUAAACACAUUUCUUUAUUUACAGACAAGAAAGCUAGGACCCAGGAAAAAGUGACUUAUCCAAAAUUACCCUGCUGGUGAUGGCAGAGCUGGAAUUCGAAUUCAGACCCCACUGACUUUGGACUGCUCCAACUGCUACCAGUCUGUGAGCGAGGCCAAUAUGGCGAACCUACGUGCGGAGGCCGGGCAGGUGAGGCCGACUUUGGAGGACAAAUGCAUGAAGAGAUUCUGCUGGGCCAUUGCCCUGGCCUUGGCCUCCCUGGGCUACCUACUCAUACUGGUGAUCUCCAUCUUUCCCUUCUGGGUACGUCUGGUGGAUGAGGAGUCCCAUGAAGUGUUUUUCAGUGGCCUGUUUGAGAACUGUUUCCAUAUCAGAUGCUUGAAGCCUCGACCUCUAACCAUUUACAUCUUCCUUGGCCGGAUCUUCCUACUCUCUGCGGUUGUCUUGGCUUUCCUCACCAACUUCUUCAUAGUGUCCUUUGCAUCUGACCUCUUGUGGGGGAUCCGGAGGCCCAAUGUCCUGUCAGCCUUCAUCAGCUUCCUCACAGGGACCUGUGCCUUCCUGGCCUUGUUGCUGCAUGCGUUGGAGAUCCGGAAUCUGAGGAUGAAGCCCAGCCCCCCACAGUUCUCCGUGCAGUGGCCUUACUAUGUCCUGUGCCUUGGCAUCAUUCUGUUCCUGCUGGCUGGUGCCAUCUUCCUCUCUCAAGAAGCAACCUGCCAUGACUGCCAUUUGUUGCCCAUUUUCCAGAAUCCUCGGGCGACCCGGGGCAUCUCACACCUGGAGAGGCUGGAGAGUUUGGGAGGAAGACUGAACUGUUUACAAAAGGGGGUACUGCAGCAGAACGAAACAGUUAUCUAGCCCAAGAUACUGUUUCUCUACCCUUCUUCCAGCUGUGUGAAGACAUGCCUGUUGUUUCUGAGUGUCAUGUCAAACCCUCACCCCCAUAUGCACAGCAAUUCUGGCCUGCAUGCAUUUGAAAUGUAUUAAAAGUUCUUCCAACUUU